AUCAAAUGUUCGGUAAGUUCGGUUAUCAAAUUUCUGGUGUGUGUAAAUUAUAAUUGGAGUCUAAAAUCGGCCUCAGGAUGUCAAAAAAAUUAAUAAAAGGCGUAGUGAAACUGGGGAAAAUAGGCGCUGCGGUGUUUCUGUGCGUCACGGGCCUAGAAAUGAUAAGGGAAUGCUGACGAAAAUGGCGAUCAAAUAGCAGCAGCAGCGUUUUAUCUCAUCUCAUCUUUUGCCGUCUUAUUAGUUUUUUAUAAAAAUGUUUUUUC